AUGGAAGGAAAUCAUUUAAAAUAUAUCGAUAAAUCAGCAUUUUCAUCCAAUGAACAACUAUCCAUUGCUAAAUUCUCAAAUAAUAUGCUACAGUUUGAUUCUUCAAACGAAACGUUGUCACCUUUUUACAAUAAUCGUCUUCUUACGGAAUUGCAUUUAGCGAACAAUCGAAUAAAACAUUUUUUUCGCGAUUGGGCUGCAAAUAAAGUAGAAUUAGAAUUAUUAGAUCUGAGUUACAACAAUAUAAGUACAAUAACGACGGAUGACUUUGUUUUUUGGAAACAUAUAGUUAUAGUCAAUCUAAGAAACAACAACAUAAAGAAGAUUUUUCUAAAUAACAUCGAAUCAUCGGCUAAGCGAAAUUAUGGCAAUCGUCAUUUUGUUAUUGACGUUAAAAACAAUCCGUUAUCAUGCGAUUGCAGUUUAUAUGACAUUGUGCGUUAUUUUAACGGUGAUAUGCCUGUUACUGUUUAUAAUUUCAUUGAACUUAUAUUGGGAAAUUUAACGUGUGUACAACCUGAUGGAACACAAGGGCCACUAAUAAAUCAGCUGGAUUUUAAAACCUACAAGUGUCAAGAGGAUGCAUUUUUUGAACUUCACAAAAAUUGUCAAACUAGGUGUACUUGCUAUGUACGACCGUAUGACAAAGCUCGAAUUUUGGAUUGUUCAUACAAAAAUAUACCUAUAUUCAGAAUCGACAAGAGUAAAGUUCAUUUUGUGAGCAUGCAUGCAUUAGUAUUGAAUUUCACAGGAAAUCAUUUAAAGAAAAUACCAUCACUCGAUGAUUUACAAGAAUUUAACUUAAUAGAAUUAUUUUUGUCUAAUAACCAGAUUUCUAAAGUAUCAUUGGACAAUUUUCCAACAACUCUCAAAGUACCAAGAUUGGAUUACAACGUAAGUAACUUCUUGUAUCGUCAAGACUUUCAAGUAUUUACUUUAAGUGGCAAUCCAUUUAUAUGUGAUUGCGAUAAUAGAUUUUUAUAUAGAUUAGUAUUAGGAAAGCAACAUAUUCAUAAAGAUUUAAAAAAUGUUAAAUGUAAGGACAGGAAUAUUCCUUUACUUAAUAUGACCCAUGAACAAUUGUGUCCAUCCAUGUUUCGACAUUAA